AUGUUUUCCUCAACCCUCCACGAAGAUGGCCCCGCGACCCGUACGCGGAGCAGCCGGCGACGCCAGCGCCCCGUCGCCUCCGACUCGUCGCUGCAGACCCAGCCCAAGGCAAAGCGCCAGCGCGUACCGCUGACCGAGUCGAACACCGCGCCCACGCCGACCCCUGCCGACGCGGAUGCGCCGCCCGAGAUGUUCGAGGUCAAGCCCGACCCCGUGCUGGCCAAGCGCGAGCGCGAUGGUAUCGGCAUCGAAAACAUCGAGAACCUCGGCCCGCGCCGGGAGCUCAGCCUGCGCUCCAAGAAGCCCAAGUCCGGCGAGCGGACGAGCAAGGGCGACGGGAGCAUAAUCUUGACUACAAAUAAUGCAUUCACCGUCAGCAAGCUCCCUGCGCUGCCAGACAGGCUACGCGCUGAGCCGACGAGCCGCCAACACGGCGCCAUCUUCUCCAGCGGCUACGCCCUCGCCCUCACACACACCCACGCCUUCGUCUGGCCCUAUACUGCCACCACCGCGUCCCCCGAGACCUUCACCUUCGCCCUGCCCUACCCCUCAAAGCAUGCCAGCGACCCGCUGCCCCUGGGCGCCCUCGUACCGCCCUCCGCCUCGUCCGACGACCCGGGUCUGGUGGUUGUUAUGCCCGUCAGCGGCCGAGUCGUCUACUGGGAGUCCAUCUCGAGCGCCGCCACCCUCGACUUCAUCCGCCAGCAACGGACCGGCAUCGAGGACGCAAUAUCCGGCAUGUACUCAAGUGAGCAUAUCACCCAGCUCGUCAGCGCCGAGUCGGCCGGCUUCGUGUUGGUGUUUAGCAGCGGCCGCAUAGCCUACAUGAGCGUCCGGGAUCCCCACGGCCGUCCGGGCAUCACGGUUCAGUACCUGCGGAGUCCCUUUGGCGGCGCGUCCCUCGGCUUCUUGAGCACGCUGCGCCAUGCCCUCUCUGGGUCUUCACGCGGCGACAUUGCUGCUGCCCACGCCAAUCACGGCCCCAGGGUCGGUGAGCGCGUGGUGAUUGCCGCCAGCUCGAAGGGCCGCCUCCAGGCAUGGAAGAUCCACCGCGGCGGCCACCACGAACCUGUUGCGGAGGCGGAUGUGCGCGAGCGCUUGGUCGAAGCGGUUAACGAAGCGGACGCCAAGACGCAGGCCUUCCCGUCCGAGUCGUUCGAGGUGCUCGACUUUGCCUUUGUCCCGCGUGGUCUGGAGCCGAAGUAUGUGAAUGCCAGCCGUCUGAGCGAGGCGCUGACGCAUGAGGAGGAUUCGCUGCAGCAUAUGCUGUUGCUAGUGGGCUUCUCGCGUGGUCAUCAGGCGCGGUACUCGCUGGUUGAGACGGUCCUCGCCCCGGAGGGCGCCAGGAUCGGGACUGUCAGGCCGAUUACUUCGUACACCAGCCCUGUGCGGCCCGGGGCGCUUGAGAAGCCGAGACUGUACCUUCCCCGUCCGGCUCUGGUGGCGUUUGUCGUGUUCGACCGCGCGGUCGUGGUCGCCUCGAUGGUCGCGCCCCCUGACUCGCCGGACUCGCAGCUCCAGGAGGACAGCCAUAUCCUGCCGCCCACGUUCGAAGACGUGGUCGACUUCCGCGACGACGAUACCCUCCAGGUGGUCGGUUCCGGCUCCGAAGAGCCAGGCGCUGGCACGAGCUCCGAGGACGUGCGCCCCCACCGCCACAAGACCAAGAACCCGACGGCCGUGCUCUUGCUGCCCGGCGUCGGCAUCGUCCGCGUCGCCAUCACGGACAUCGAACGCUUUGCCAGCGACGCCCCGCCGCGUGUCACGGCAAAGAGCAAGCUCGAGCAGGCCGUGUUCUUUGGUAUCAAGAGCGACAAUCCGUUGGUCUUCCAAGGCAGGAGGGCGCUGCCUUUCUCGGACCGGGAGGUUUGCGAUGCCGCGGUUGAGCUGAGCCAUGAAAUCGUUAACUCCAAGACGCCGUUUAUCCCGAGCGUGCCGGCUUCGUUGGAGGGUAAUAUGAAGAGCCGCAGUGCCUAUCUGGAUGCGCUCAUCACGUUCUUGAACGCGUGCAAGGUCAACAUGGACGAGCGCACCCGCUGGAUGCUGCUCUACGACGCCGAGAAGAUGGCGGUUGCGACCUGGAUCUGGCAGAAGCACGAACAGUUUUUAGCGGAGCGUCCGCGCGCCGACAAGAAGACGCUCAUCUCCGAGGCGGCCGUCUUCAUUAACGAGAAUCAAAAGACCGAGCUCAACGUCGCCGCCGGCCAGGUCGACCCCGUCCGUCACUGGUUCAUCCACGACAUCUUCCGCCUCGACAUCUUCGUCGCCUGGGCCUACCAGAUCAUCAAGUACCACUACACACAAAAACUCUCGGACGAGCCCGGCCUUAACCGCCUCGUCUGGGAGGCUGUGACCAUCAACAACGGCGCGCUGCUCGAAGCCCGCCAGUUCCGUCUCGACAAGGCUGCCCAGUACGGCGUCGACCCUGCCGUCGUCCCCACCGGCAAUGGUCUACCUGAACCAUGGACCUCGACGUAUUUCAUCACCAAUAACCUGAAGCGCCUCACCGAGUUCUGUCAUCAGUGGCUGGCCAAGCACGACGCGCAGCCGAGCGCGGAUCCAAGAUUUGACGCCCGCUUGCUCGACACCGUCCGCGAGCGCCUGCCGUCCCUGACGAGCCAGUACUUUACUUCUUUGUCCGAAUACAUCACCUGGGCUGCCUCCAGCACCGAUCCUGAGACGCAAGACCGCUGUCGCGCGUAUCAGGCCGCGUAUGCCGAGGAUGUGUACAAGAAGAUCGUCAAGCUCAAGGAGUUUGAUCUCUGGGAGGAGGCGGUGGAGCUGGCGAGGGAGUUUGAAGCGUUUGAUGCGCUUGCGGAUGUUGUUGUAGGGCAGAUCCUCAUGCUCGAGGCUGCCGCCGCAGAUCCUACCACGACGGAGUCCAAAGCCCAGGAGAACGCGGCGCUCGCGCAGGUGAAGAAGCAGCGGCUAGGACGGUUGAUGGAGGAGUUCGGCGAGGGGUUUGCCAGCCGGGCGUACGAGGUCCUCCUGGAUGCUGCCGGGGUGCAGGCCGUGCUGGAAUUUGCCUUUGAUAGGAAAGGGUUUAUCACGAAGUGGUUAAGGGGGAAGCCCGAGUUGGCGAGGAUUAGCUGGGUGAAUGAGGUGCUGAGGGAGGGCGACGUGGGGGGCGCGGCCGAGACGUUGUUGGGGUUGGGGAUGAGCAGGGAAGUGCAGGUUUGGAAUAAGAAGGUUGAGUUGAGCUUGGGGAAGUUGGCGCUUUUGGCCGAAGGGGGGGGGAGCGAUGACGAGGCUGGCAAGGGGGAGGUUGGGGGGACAAUCAAGAAGAUUGAUGCCGAGCUUGAGGUUGUCAAGGUGCAGGAUCUGCUGUACCAGUGGAUCUUGGCGUCGGUCCACGAGGCAGUGGAUUCCUCUGCCGAAGUCGAGCUCGCCGUUAAACAAUUCGGCGGUCUCAUCCCCCGUCGGCAAAAAGCACUCCUGCAAAUCUUUGAGGAUGGAAUAGCCCGUCUGCUGAAGCACGAAGUCCUCGACCCGCUGACGCUCAUCGACCUGUUGACUCUCUCUUCACUCGGUCCGGGGCAUUAUGAGGGCAUGGGAGAUCAGUUUUUCCUCGCGUUGAAGGUCGCGCAUUAUGCGGCGUUGGAGAAUGCGGAGGAGGUGAGGAGGCUGAUUUGGAGGCGGUGUUUGGUACGUGAUGAUUGGCGACAAGUGAAUGAGACGAAUUUGAAGGGCGAUGAGGAAGCUCUCGAGGCUGUCGGCGAAACUGCUGCCUACCGGACUCUCUUUGCGUGUUUCGACGAAGAAUCAUCAACCCCCACGUUCCGCCCUCACCAUACCCUCAAACCGUCGGACUGUCUUGGCGUCUACACCGAGCCCGAACAACUUGAUUCCCGUUUCGCGGCGAUGGAUGACUCGUUUAGGGGUAAGCUGGUGGAAGCCAUGCGGGCGGAGGAUAGGCUCUUGAGGGGUUUUGUGGAGAAGGCGCAAUUGGAUGAGUGGUGGCGUGCGACGAGGGAGACGGCGGAGAGGAUGGUGGGGGUUGCGGCGCAGAAAGGGCAUAGGAGGGUCAACAGUGGGAGUGUAGGGAAUGGAGGUGUUAAUGGGUUGAGCUUGAAUGGGAGGGUAAAGAUGUACUGA